GAAGUGAUUACAUUUCCUUCAGAUCCAUCUUGUCAAGAAACUGUAUCAUCGAGAAUGUUAGAAAGCAUGUGCCGGGUGUACGUAUCAAAGUGGGGAGGUAGAAGAAUAUAAGGCCGGCGAGGUGACGUCCUUGUACAGUUGGAGCGAGGGCCGACCUGGAGUCGCUGCUGCAGAGAGAGAGACAGACCACGCCAGAGACCAGAGACUUGACAGUUGCGAUGAAGGUGCGGACGCUAUGGCCCGAGGACGUCGCUAAGGUCCGCCAGUGUCUGGGGCUUACCGACGACGCACUUGCCAGUGACGUCACGGCGCUAAAGGAUUGGCUCAGGAAACAACCCCAUCUCGGCCCGCUCGUCGGUGUGGACGAAGACAAAUGGCUCCAAAACUAUCUGAUCUUGAACAAGAACAGCGUGGAGCGAGCUAAAGCGAACCUGGACUCUUACUUCUCCAUUCGAUGGAUCAUGCCAGAGGUGUUCCAGCAGAGGGAUAUGGCCGACAGAGAGAUGGAACUAGCGUUCGACAACACGUGUAUAGCGUUCAUGCCGGGCCUGACAGCAGAGGGUCACAGAGUGGUCGUGUACUCUCACUUCACUGACGACUCUACCCACUUCCAGCCUCAGCACUUGGCCAAGAGACUCUUCGCUAUCGCGGACAUCUGCUUGGCCGAGGGCGUAGACCGGGUCUCGGACAUCGUCAUCCUGGACCUGCAGAACACGCGGGCCUCACACCUCGCGAAGUACAACCUCGCAUUCGUCAAGAAUCUGUUCGACCACGGCUGGAAAGCGUAUCCAGAGCGUGUGGCCGCUAUCCAUAUAAUCAACCCUCCUUCUGUCAUGGAGAUGACGCUUAACCUCUUCAAACCAUUUCUGAAGCAGAAGAUGCGCAACAGGAUACAGAUUCACAACAAACUGGAGAGCCUGAAGGAUCACAUCCCCUUGGAGAGCAUCCCCUCGGACUACGGCGGUCUGGGCCCCUCCUGCCGCGACAUGAACCGAGCCUGGCAGGCGAAGAUGGUGGAGCGCCGUGAACUGCUGGACACUGUUGCCAACCACAAGUCUCGGGAACACCUGAGGCCUGACAGCAGGAAACACGUGACCUCCUGGACCGACCUGGGUGUCGAGGGCACUUUCCGGAAGUUGUCAUUAGACUAGAGGCUCGUUGUGCGCUGUGUGCAGCUGUCCACGGCUUGUAUGAGUGAAGCAAUUGUGAGACUAAACACCUGUUGUACAUGCUAUGCCAAACCUUUCCAAACAUUGGACAAACUUUAUGCUUUCGAACCAAUUCACAACCGGUUAUCGUAAUGGAAUCAUACUAUUCUGAUACUAAGUUAGUUUUGAUGUACCUAUGCCAACCGACGAUUCUUUAAGCUUCAACACUCAGAAAAAGUACUUUCUAUAAAUUCAAUAACAGGAAGCACUUUUUAAUCACCCCCUCCCCCCACUUUUCAUACAACCAGUUUAUCAGUAAUUUUUCAUUAUUAAUAUGUUCUUCUCAUUAUAUGGGUAGCACCUAUCCUAUUAAAACACACACACACAACAUUAGCUUGGCUUUUUUGUGUGAUUAUGAAGGAAUUUCCUAAGUUUUAUUUUUAAGAAACACAAUAAAAAAUUAAUACAUCAAAAAUGUUUCAAUCAGUUCAUAAAAGUAGAUUUCCAAACAACAGACCAAGCUUGGCCUUAAGGUUAUAGUUUUGCGAGCCAUUUGGUAUGCUACUACCGUUUGUGUACUAUCAUAGCCAUACUGUUCUAAGUAGCAUAAGUAAGUACCCAAUGUAGUGGCACGAGCUCUGGCGAGUAUUAUUACGUUUAGCGACAAACCAUUACUUAGUCUACUACUCUUUUCGCAAUGAAUAAUAGUAUUUUAAAACUAAAAAUAUAGUUAAAUGAUUUGGUAAUGUGUACUUAAUAAUACCAUACAGUAUAUUUUGUCAUUUGUUUAGUUAUUGAAUUUUAACACAUUGGGAUCACAUAUUUUCAUUCGUUUAUAUGGUAAUGUUAUUAUAAAAUGCCAACACAUUUUAAUAGUGUGAAUAGUUAGAAAUGUUUUACGAAGACGAAAGUAUUGUUUAAUGUUUGGAAUUGUUUAUUGAUUUGUUCUGUUUCACGUUUGUACCUAUAUAACUUAUUAAAAAUGUUAGUUUUUAGUAGUA